GCAAUUCCUCGCUUCAGGUUGGGACCUAUUGGUCUUAAUCAAACCGAUUUAAUCAUGUCCUGACCUAGAUAGAUAAAAGAUCGACCCGACUAGAAUUAUUAGGUUGGGUCAUGAUUAAUAUAAAUUGGAUCGUUAAUGAAAAUAUUUUUUUCAAUCUAAAUAUAAACUGAUAGACUCGAUUAAAAAUUAAUGUGCAGAACCACAUAUUCAACCUAAUUAACUCCCAAAAGGUUACAUUGAAAACAAAAAAACUGGUCACUUGUGCAAAAUUGAGGUUGACUAGAAGUCUUUAUCACUAAAGUUAUCAUAUCUUUAACCAUAACUAAAUGAUACACAUAUUUUAUUACUAUCGACUUGUUUGUAAAUACCGAAUGCGACUAACUCUUUACUAUUAUCUCCCUUUUAAAAGGCAUAUUGACAAGUUGAAAUCAGCUCAUAUAUUAUCAUAUAUUUUGCUCAAUGCUAUUGUGUGUAUGAUCUAAUUCUAAUUAUUUUAUGUUAAAUAAUUGUGAUGAAGUACAGUUUCAUUGAGUGGGACUACAACUAGAGACCUAAAAGUCCAACAAAGUGGCUGGUUUUGGUUGCUAAUUAAUUAGUGCACCAAAUUUUCAAAUCCAAUAUUCCUUUUUCCACUUCAAAGUUCAAACUAGUGCACAAUUCCAAAAACCAUUUGCUACUAUAUAAAUUGAGCUUUUGGGACAUUUCAUCAAAUAUUGGCCAAAGUACAACACUUCAUUACACAUCAAAGACAUGGCCAAUUAUUCAAGAUUUCUCUUGUUGUUAUUACCUCUACUUCUUCACAUUCAUAAUGUAAAAAGUGAGCUCCAAUUAAAUUACUACACAAAGAGUUGCCCAAGAGCUGAAGAUAUCAUCAAAGAACAAGUGGCAACAUUGUACCACAAACAUGGGAACACAGCAGUUUCUUGGAUUAGAAAUCUUUUUCAUGAUUGCAUGGUUAAGUCAUGUGAUGCAUCACUAUAUUUGGACACAGCAAAUGGGCUAGAAUCAGAAAAAGAAUCUCCAAGGAAUUUUGGGAUGAGGAAUUUUAAGUAUAUUGAGACUAUUAAACAAGCACUUGAAAAAGAAUGUCCAAAUACUGUUUCUUGUGCUGAUAUUGUUGCUCUUUCCGCUAGGGAUGGUCUUCUUUGGUUAGGAGGGCCAAUAAAAAUUGAAAUGAAAACAGGAAGGAAAGAUAGCAAGGGAACUUACUUUUCACAAGUUGAGAAGUACCUCCCUAAUCACAACGAUUCGAUCUCAUUUGUGCUUUCAAGAUUUCAAUCAAUUGGUAUUGAUACUGAAGGAACUGUUGCUCUACUUGGGGCUCACUCUGUAGGACGAGUUCAUUGUGUGAACUUAGUCCACAGGCUUUACCCAACAGUGGACCCUACUAUCGACCCCGACUACGCAAAGUACCUUAAGGGUCGAUGUCCGUCACCAAAUCCUGAUCCGGAGGCUGUUUUAUAUUCAAGAUUUGAUCGCGAAACUACAAUGAUUUUAGACAAUAUGUACUACAAGAAUAUAUUGAACAAAAAAGGGUUAUUAAUUGUGGAUCAAGAAUUGGUUAGUGAUCCAAAUACUUUACCAUUUGUGGUGAAAAUGGCUAAUGAUAAUAAUUAUUUUCAUCAACAAUUUGCUAGGGCUAUGCUUAUUUUGUCUGAAAAUAAUCCACUUAUUGGAGAUCAAGGUGAAAUUAGAAAAGUAUGUCGCUAUGUAAAUAGUGCUUAGUGGAUAUUUAAUUGUUAUGUAAUGUGGUUGUAUUUUUUUUUAAGUAGGAUUUCACACGGGAUGCUUAUCAUCUGCGCAAUCUGCUCGUGGUUGUAUUUAUUUUAUCGUAUUGUUUUUUGUUUGUGUUGUGUUGAAUCUUCAAGUGAAAUAAUACUAAUAAUAAUGUUCAAAUCAA